UAUAAACAUAUUAAUACAUUUUUUUAUAUAGGGAGAAUCAAGAGUGUCUCAGACAUACAAAUAAAGGAACUAAUAAUUGUAUUAAUCUGCAUAUUAUCCAAUUAGCAUUUAGAAUGUGACAGGAAGGAAGUUUUAUUUUCCAGAAAAGGAUGUCGAAGAAGCUGGUGAUCAUUGACACGGACUGCGGCAUAGAUGACGCUCAGGCUAUAAUGAUGGCCCUAGCCGCACCAAACAUUCAGAUCCUUGGCAUUACCUGUGUUUUUGGGAAUGCAGCAAUAGACGAUGUGUGCCAGAAUGUGUUGAAGGUGCUCUCAGUGUGCGAGCGCCAGCAAAUACCCGUGUUUAAAGGUUCUGCUGGUCCUCUUGUUGGAGCCAAUAAUUUGUUAAGUGACCACUUUGGAACAGAUGGACUUGGGGAUGUGAUUAAAAACAAAGAUUUACAGUGGGAGGAGAAAGUCCACAGAGAGCAUGCAGUCAAUGCACUGAUCAGACUGGUGUCUGAAAACCAGAAGCAGGUUUCUUUGGUGGCUCUUGGCCCGCUCACAAAUCUCGCACUGGCUGUUCGACUGGAUCCAAGUUUUCCUCAAAAGCUUAAAGACUUGUACAUUAUGGGUGGAAACAUGGAAGGAAAGGGGAAUGUGACUUUAUGUGCAGAGUUCAAUUUUGCUACUGAUCCAGAGUCUGCUUAUAUUGUGCUGGAAGAAUUCCUCUGCCCUACAUAUGUUGCAUCAUGGGAAUUUGCAUGCAGGAAUGCACUGAUGUGGGAGUUCUUUGAAGAACUGAUCAAUCAGGAUGCACCUGCUGCGCAAUUUAUGAAGAUGAUAACUUCGAGAUGCCCAGCUUACUCCAAAGAGGCUUUGGCAAAUAAAAGAGAUGUGUACUUUGGACCAGGCUUCGUCUCUUACGAUUCCUAUAUAAUGGCAGCCUGCAUUGACGGCAGCGUGGUCACAGAGAGCAUAGAGUGUCCCGUCCGUGUGGAGCUGCAGGGUUCGAUCUCCAGAGGCAUGAUGGCACUCGAUCGCACAAAUAAACUGAAAAAGAGCCACAGCGUGUUCGUCCUGAGUAAAUGUGAUCUUGGCAAGUUCAGCCGGCUUCUCAUGGAGUCCCUCAGACAACCUCAUAAAUAA